CCAUUUGACAGAACACACCUAGCAACCAUUUUUCAAGCACCCAACAACCAUCCCCUUUCACAUAUUCGCAUUGAGAACCAGAGAACCCCAUCCCUCUCUCCCAUUGUUUGCAACUCUUCUCCUUUUUUUGGCUCCAGUAUUUCACUUUACAUGUAGGACCCCUGGUCACAGUAUUAAUACUCUAUGUUGCUCGUACUCUUCAAAAAUGUUGUUGUACUCUUGUCGGAUUCUUAAAAGAUGCACUUCUUAUUUAGAUUGUAGGGGCAAGAUGCAUAAAUUUGUCAUUGAUUGGAAGGCAAUAAUGAUGUAAUUUAUUUUCUCUUCUUUUUGGUCUUACCUAUUUCAGAGUUACUGCAAUAGCUACUCUCUGAAAUAGCAUCCAAAGAAAAGGCAUCAAAAGAGAAUUGUAGUUCUAUGGAUAGGGCCUGCACUGUAGUAUGCUUCAAAUUUGUAUCAACAUCGGUACAUGGAGUUCUUGUCUUCUUUUUCCUGCACGGAUUUUUUGGGAUCAUACGACACUGCUCAUCCUUUAAUAGCAAUGAACCACACAUGGCUGGAUGUCAUAACUGUUGUUAUGGCUGGGGAAUGUGGGAUCUUUUCCCUGCGUCAAUGGAAGCAUGUUUUGCUCUGGUUGUUGUCUUUGUCGUCAUCCUUGCCAUUCUUGGCAUUGCAUAUAGUUUCCUUGCAGCCACAAUGGCCAUCCAGCGAUUCUGGCAAAGACACUACCACAUCCUAACCAAGAGAGAAUUACUUACGCAGUUGAACAUAGCAGAACGCCAUCGACGCGUGGCAACUGCGCAACGGAUGUCCCGAACCACCGGCCACGAUCAAACGGACAUACGGCCUCGAACAACCCGGUCAUGAAAGAACCGGACCAAAUGAUGCCCUUCCUUCGCUUCGGUCUAAGCGUUCCCCCGGUUCAGAACGGGAGUCUUCGUGCAUGCUCUUGUCCCUUUCUUCCCUCGGCCUUUGGUCUCACCAGUUUGACACAUACCCGAUUUUUACCGUAUACAAAUAUACUUCCUUUUUGAAAAAUGUUGCAGGAGUAUAUAGUGGUGGAUCUUCGUGGCUGUUACACUCCUCCAAAACUGGAUAUAGAGCACGAAGAACGUCUUAAAAUGCUUAACCUUUUAUAGAGGUGACAGCUGGAAAUCUUUCAAUUUCUACUAGUUACACACUCCAUCCCAUUGUGUUUGACAUCCUUUGGCUGGACAGGAUUCAAUAUUUCCGUUAAUUUUUUAUUAUAUAAGUAAUUGUAAAUACAGUGGAACAUUGAAUAUAUUUCUUCACAUUUUUGACGAUUAAUUAUAAGUUCCAGAAUACAGCUGGAAAUCUCACUUGCUACUAGUUACACUCCAGUUGA